UUUUGCGGAAAGCAGGCAAAAUAAGGCGAAUCGAAAAUAAAUAUGAAUAUUAGACUAAACAGUUAUGCACUUGCAAUGGAUUUGUAGUUGGUACUCGUCUAUUUUUGCACUAAUUUGUGUGCUAAUUGCAAUAUACUUGCAUAGUCCUGUGGCAAAGCGUGGCAAACGGAAUGCACCGAGGACUCCACCAAAUCCUGAGGAGCCAUUGCCGCCCUCCAGUUCGCCGCUGCACCAAUUCAAGCAGACAGGCAUAUGCACGGACAACACUCCCUGCAGUCUGAUAGCCAGGGAAACAUUGGCUCUUGGUGGCAGUGCGGUAGAUGCUGCGCUGACCGCACUGAUCUGCAAUGGCUUCACUGGGAUGCAGAGCAUGGGACUGGGUGGUGGCAUGAUCAUGAACAUUUACAUGCACAAGGAGCGACGGGCAUAUACUAUUCUCAGCCGGGAGAUUGCACCACGCUCUCUCUCGCCCGAGAAUUUUACGGUCUUUGAGAGCGAACAACAAUUGCAGCAGUCCGCAUGGUCAAUCGCUGUGCCCACCGAGCUGCUGGGCUAUGCGUUGGCCCAUGAGCGUUACGGCAAACUGCCCUGGAAGGAUUUGGUUAUACCGACGAUCUCGCUGUGCCUCGCCGGAUAUCAGCUUUAUAAACAUCAAUACGAUGCGCUCAUACUGAAUGGGUAUAUGAUCAAAAAUGAUGCACUACUGCGCCAAAUGUUUGUCGAUCCCAGGACGGGUGAUUUCUGGCCAAUUGGUACUCAUAUACAGCCGCCCAAGCAGCUAUGCGACACUUAUGAAGAAAUUGCCUUAAAAGGACCGCGCAGCUUCUACAAAGGAUCGCUGCUAAAAAAGCUUCAUUGUGAUUUGCGCGAUAUUGGCAGCGGCAUAACCAUAGUCGAUUUGACGAACGCACAAGCUGAACUCAAGGAUUCUAUAAUUGUACCGUUAGAUGAGUAUGAUAUGCAUUUGACGCCACCGCCAGGCAGUGGACACAUCCUUGGCCUUAUAAUGAACAUACUGCAUACGUAUCGAGCGGACUUCGCAGCAGCACGAGAUUUGGGUCCCUUGGAAACCCAUCGGAUAGUGGAGGCUUUGAAAUUUAGUUUUGUUCAGCGUUGGCAAUUGGAGGAUGGAGCUGAUGAAGAGUUACUGGCCAAGCUGACAAGUCCAACGUUUGCCGCCAGCAUCGCCAAACUGAUUGAUGAUACUAAAACGUACAACAGCUCGGAGCACUAUGGGGCAUUAUCGGACAUACAAUCGCGUAACGAGCAUGGCACAUCGCAUAUUUCGGUGCUGCACAAUAAUGAUGCGGUUUCAGUGACCAGUUCCUUAAACUUUUAUUUUGGCAGUGGACGCAUGGGCAAACGCACUGGCGUUCUGUUCAAUAAUGCCAUGUCCGACUUCUCUAUGAAGCAUCUGAAGAACUAUUUCGAUCUGCCGUAUGUGGAUGGCAGGAAUGUGAUAGCUGGCGGUGCCAGGCCCAUGUCCUCAAUGUCUCCAGUCAUUGUUACGGAACGCUCCACCGGUCAAGUACGACUGGUAGUGGGCGCGGCUGGAGGCACAAAAAUCAUAUCGGCUCUUGUGCCGCUGCUGGUUCGAAUGCUCUGGCAGCAGGCGGACAUUAAAAAGGCCAUCGAUGCCAACAGAUUCCAUCAUCAGAUGCAGCCCAAUGUAAUACAGUACGAAUACGGCAUGCUCCAAGCACAUGUCGACAGCCUCCAGGCCAAAGGUCAUCAGUGCGAACGCUAUCGAAAUCGUGGCUCAGUUAUUUGUGGCAUUGCCCAAAAUAACGACAGCAUUUCCAUCAAUUCGGACUAUCGUAAAAUAGGCUGUGUGGCUGGUUUUUAGACAAUCGACGAAGCGGCUGGUUUUUAGACAAGACGCUGUAACAUAUCUUCCCAAAGAUCACGGAAAUUAAGGAGUCGGGUAUACGAUUGUAAAAGCCGAAAACGAAUAUAAAGCAGAGUGAAUAUAGCCGUGUCCGUCUGUCGGAAUUGUCCGGAUCUGAUUUGAUAUAGUCUCAUAUAGCUAAUAUAUGAUCUGUAUGCUAAGCUCUUUUGUGUUUCAAUAUACGUUCUACAAACUUGGGAGCUUGUCAAAAUCGGUCCACUUUAUCACAUAGCUCUAUAAGAGAAUCUGUCGUAUUACAAAGUUUUCUGUUCUUUAAUAUAUCUUAACCAAACUCAGCAACUAAUCUCCUAAGAGAUCUGCAA